UAGGGUGGGGAGGAACUGCCUAACAGGCCACCUGUAGACUCCUGGGCAGAUAGCAAAGAAUUGAAGACAGGGCUUUUGCAGACAUCACAAGCAGACAGCUCUGAGGACAGCCACGGCGGAUCUCUUGGAUUUGCUCACCAGAGAAAUCAGAGACCAGCCAUGACUUGGCUCUUCCCCAGAACCACAGAGGCUCUGGCCAUUUUAAUGGUGGUGGUAUUGGUUCAUGGAGAAUUGCGAAUAGAGACAAAAGGACAUCAUGGAGAAGAUGAGACAGCAGUUCAACAAACCAAACGAAGAUAUAAACGUGAAUGGGUGAAAUUUGCAAAACCCUGCAGAGAACGAGAAGACAACUCAAAAAGAAACCCAAUUGCCAAGAUUACUUCAGAUUUCCAAGCAACCCAGAAAAUUACCUACCGAAUUUCCGGAGUGGGAAUUGAUCAGCCCCCGUUUGGAAUCUUUCUCGUUGACCCAAACACUGGUGAUAUUAACAUAACAGCCAUAGUUGAUCGAGAGGAAACUCCAAGCUUCCUGAUCACGUGUCGAGCUCUAAAUGUCUUAGGACAAGAUGUAGAAAAACCACUUAUAUUAACAGUCAAAAUUUUAGAUGUUAAUGAUAAUGCUCCAGUGUUUUCACAAAGCAUAUUCAAGGGAGAAAUUGAAGAAAACAGUGCUUCAAACUCACUGGUGAUGAUAUUGAAUGCCACAGACGCAGAUGAACCAAACCACUUGAACUCUAAAAUUGCCUUCAAAGUUGUCUCCCAGGAACCUUCAGGCAUGCCCAUGUUUCUCAUCAGCAGAAACACUGGAGAAGUCCGUACUUUGACCAAUUCUCUGGAUCGAGAGCAAGUCAGCAGCUACCAUCUGGUUGUGAGUGGCACAGACAAAGAUGGAGAAGGGCUGUCGACUCAAUGCGAAUGUAAUAUUAAAGUGAAAGAUGUCAAUGAUAACUUCCCAGUGCUUACAGACUCUCAGUAUUCAGCAAGUAUUAAAGAAAAUACUUUAAAUUCUGAGUUGCUUCGGUUUCAAGUGACAGACUGGGAUGAAGAGUACACAGAUAAUUGGCUGGCCGUGUAUUUCUUUACCUCUGGAAAUGAAGGGAAUUGGUUUGAAAUAGAAACUGAUCCCAGAACCAACGAAGGCAUCCUGAAGGUGGUUAAGCCUCUUGAUUAUGAACAAAUGCAAAGCAUGCAAUUUAGUAUUGCUGUCAAAAACAAAGCCGAAUUCCACCAGUCAAUAAUCUCUCAUUAUCAAGUUCGGUCAACCCCCGUUACAAUCCAGGUUGUAAAUGUCAAAGAAGGAAUUUCAUUCCGCCCUGCUUCCAAGACAUUCACUGUGCAAAAAGGCAUAAGUAGUAAAAAACUGAUUGAUUACGUCCUGGGAACAUAUCAAGCCAUUGAUGAAGACACUGGCAAAGCUGCCUCAUUUGUCAGAUAUGCCAUGGGUCGUAAUGAUGGUGGCUUGCUAAUUAUUGAUCCAAAAACAGCUCAAAUCAAAUUUGUCAAAAACAUUGACCGGGAUUCUUCUUUCAUUGUUAACAAGACAAUCACAGCUGAAGUUCUGGCCAUAGAUGAAAACACGGGCAAAACUUCCACAGGCACUGUGCAUGUUGAAGUACCUGGUUUUAAUGAAAAUUGUGCACCAGUGGUCCUGGAGAAGGAAGAAGUCUGUGGACCCUCACCUUCUGUGGUUGUCUCUGCUCAGAACCUGAAAGGGAACAGAUACACUGGUCCCUACACCUUUGCACUGGAGGAGAAACUGCAGAAGUUGCCAGCUGUGUGGACCAUCACAGCACUCAACGCUACCUCUGCUCUUGUGAGAGCCCAGGAAAAGGUAUCUCCUGGAGUCUACACAAUUCCCCUCGUAGUUAUGGACAAUCAGAACAUGCAAUGUGAGACACCAGAGAGCUUGACACUGACAGUCUGUGACUGUGACAACAGAGGCAUCUGUGGAACUUCUGCCCCAAACAAAAACCCUGAUAUCAAGUACAGAAAUCAGCCCUCAAGACUGGGACCUGAUGCCAUUGGCCUGCUCCUCCUUGGACUCUUGAUGUUGCUAUUGGCCCCCCUUCUGCUGCUGACCUGUUCCUGUGGGACAGGUCCCAUUGGAGGGGGGACAGGUGGUUUUAUCCCAGUUCCUGAUGGUUCUGAAGGAACAAUUCAUCAGUGGGGAAUCGAAGGAGCGCAACCUGAGGACAAGGAAAUCACAAAUAUCUGUGUGCCACCUAUAACAGCCAAUGGAGCAGAUUUCAUGGAAAGUUCUGAAGUUUGUACAAAUACAUAUGCUGGGGGCACAGUGGUGGAAGGAGCUUCAGGAAUGGAAAUGACCACCAAGCUUGGAGCAGCUACUGGAUCUGGAGCUGCCAUGGGGUUUGGAGCAGCCUCUGGACUUGGUGCCUAUUCCUCUGGGCAGUCAGGAACAAUGAGGACAAGACAUUCCACCGGAGGAACCAAUAAGGACUACGCUGAUGGGACCAUAAACAUGAAUUUCCUAGAUUCCUACUUUUCUCAGAAAGCAUUUGCCUGUGCAGAGGAAGAAGACACCCAGGAAGCAAGUGACUGUUUGUUGAUCUACGAUAAUGAAGGAGUGGAUGACGCCCCUGGUUCUCCCGUGGGUUCCCUGGGUUGUUGCAGUUUUAUUGCUGACGACCUGGACGACAGUUUCUUGGACUCACUCGGCCCCAAAUUUAAAAAACUUGCAGAGAUAAGCCUUGGUAUUGAUGAGGAAGCCAAACAAGCCCAGCCACGCACUAAAGACACGGGUUCUGCCACUGACCCCUGUGGUCGCACCAUGGAAGUCCAGCAGCCAGGAUCUGACAGGGGCCAGACUCUGUCUGGUAGCCAAGGGGCUCCUGCUUGGUCAGCUUCUGGGUCUUUCCAACCAGCCAUUUCCAUCCCUGAUCCUCUGCAGCAUGGUAACUACUUGGUAACAGAGACUUACUCUGCUUCUGGUUCCUUUGUGCAACCCACCACUGCAGUCUUUGAUCCACUUCUCACACAAAAUGUAAUAGUGACAGAAAGGGUGAUUUGUCCCCUUUCCAGUGUUCCUGGUAACACAGCUGUUCCAACAGAGCUACGAGGGUCACGCAAUAUGCUCUGUACAGAAGAUCCUUGCUCCCACCUAUGAUCAGCACAAACCAGAGUAACAUCCAGACAGAAUCUGAGUAUUUGGACCAAAUUACUUAAAAUAGCAGCAAAGCUCACUGCAUUGGGUAAAUCUGGCACUUAUUGGAUACUCUCCUAAACUGACCAUGAUUAUAAUUUAAAUAUUCUGGCUCACAUCUCAAACUGAAUAUGUCAUCACUCCUAAUUCUGGAGUAUUUUUCAAAUUAUAGUAAACAUUUAUGUUUUUCAAAAAUCUUAUGAUCAGAUUGGGUGGAAAAUUUUCCUAAACAUUUUUAAACCUCUAUGCUUUCAGUGCCAAAGGAAGGUGUUUAUCACUUUAAAAUGAAAUGUGGUUGAGUGGAUUAGCACUUGGAGUCAAGAGUCCUCAAUCUUGUCUCUGUUGCCUUUUCUUGUAUCAUUAAUAAUGAUAUAAGAACCUUAUUACUAAUGAUUUAAGAACAGAAAGGUAUUUGCUAAAGCAUUUUAAACUGCUUAGAAUAAAAGAAGUAAUUGCAGUUGAGUUUUUUCUGUCUUCUUGGUGCUGGGAAACCAUUAGUGUGCAUCUUCUGCUCAAGCUAAGGGCCAUGGGCUUAUGCAUUCAACUUGCUCCAUCUACGAAUUCCAUGUAUGCUCACACUAAGAUGAAUUUGAAAUAGAAACACCAUAGAAUGUUUAAGAAUUCUAGUACAGUGUAAAUAAUAUUUUGUGUAUCUUAAUCACCAUGAAAGAAUCUAUCAAAAAAUACUUUACAUUGAACUCCCUCCUAAACACUUUUCAGUAGUAAAUUCUGUAUUAGUCUUUAAAAAUGGGUCCUUUUAAAAAAAGUGUCACUGGGUAGGUAUGAUUUACAUAUGACACAUAGUGAUGUUAUGUUAACAGUGUCUGUAGACUUUGUGGGAAUAUGAAACACAGCUUUUCUUAUAAGCAAAAGGGGUUAUGAACUAGAAUAACACAAGGUUAAAUUUGUGAAUAUGUAUUAUAAGCAGAAUUUCAGGAAAAUGAUUGAAGAAGUGCAUUUCAAGUUAAAAAGGGAAAUGGUGGUGGGAUUAUGUGUAAACUAUUUUUUAACCAUCACUUCUAAAUUUAACUGCUACAGCAAUUUAAUGCUUGACUGUAGCAAUGUUAGGUGAGAGAAAAUUUAGAAUAUAUGUCAUGCAUGUUACCCUAGUGGUAAUGCUGUUCUUCCAGUCAUUUCUAGUCAUUCAAGAUAUUCACCCUUUAGUCCACAGAGAACACCCUACCUCACCUGCUUCCCAACAUUUUUGUUUAAACUGAGUCUUUACAAUGUCAUUGUUCAACUCCAUUAUUUCCAAGUGUAUAUAUAUAAUACAGUUUUAAAUUUUCCUGGUUUUUUUUUUUUUUGUCAUAAUAAAACCUAAAUAUCUUUGUCCAGAUGCCCUGAAAACUAACCAAAUAUUUAUGUUUUAACCUAGAAGGGGUACAGUCUGAGAAUACCCACAGUAAAGCUACCCCCUAAAUGCUGCUAUUCCUAUUGCUCAUCCCUCUCCUUGGCACCAUGACCAUCAGGAAGGUCAGUGCUAGAACAGACCAGAAGCAGAAGUGCAGGCAACCUAAGCCUCUCCAUGGAGGCUGCUGCUGCCCUGAGGCUUUUUACUGAGCUGGUCUUGAAGUGAGAGGUGCAGGACCCUGUGGAGCAUCCUGCUGAGAGUUGAGAAGUUACUCUGCUCUUAGGGCUUCUUGCUUCCCUGUGGAAGCUGACUCUGGGGUUAAGAGCACGCACAUUGACUUGUGACUCUGUUCAUGCCUAAGGGUUAAAUUAGCAAUAAUAACUCUUCUCUAAAGCUCAAAGUCAUAUUCAGGAUCCUCAAAGCAUUUUUAACUUUGCCUCUUAAACUCCAACAUAUGAAGCAAAAUCUUGGUUGCAUUAUAAAAAGGCAGAGGAAUCCAGGUCAUGGUAGUAAAGGUUAUUAAGGGAAAAAUUGAAAUUAAUUGUUGUUAAUUUUUUUAAAAAAUUUAUUGGUCUUUUGGAUGACCUAAACAUUUAUUUUCUGUAUAAUGAAUCUGCAUUUUUUUCACCAAAAAUAAAAGUUGUUUUAAACAGAAAAAAAAUUUGAACUG